AUGGGAGCCGAGCCGAGAGUAGGUCGUAUGGAGGUCGAGUGGGAGGUCAAGAAACGGAAAGAAAAUAAGAGGUGGUUGGUGCGAGGUACAAUCCUAGACGACAUCUCGCACAGGAGAUUUAACCCAUUGCGGGGUACUUGGCUUCUUGUCUCCCCUCAUCGUACCAAGAGACCAUGGCAAGGACAGCAAGAAGCGGCUUCGAAGAUUACACUUCCAGAAUAUGAUGCUGCGUGUUACUUAUGUCCAGGAAAUAAACGCGCGCAGGGAGAUUCUAACCCACAGUAUAAAGACACUUUCGUUUUUGUGAAUGACUACAGUGCAGUCAAGGAGGUUCAGGCUGAGUAUGCGCAGGAUGGGGAAUCAAAAGAUCUCUCGAACACUCUCCUACGCGCGGAGCCCGUUACAGGAAAAUGCUAUGUUCUAACAUUCUCUCCUUCGCACAACCUCACGCUCGCAGACCUCACUCCUGCUCAGAUUCUCCCCGUCAUACAAACAUGGACAGAGAUCUACGCCGCACAUUUGUCUCCUUCCUCACCCCUGGCAAGUGUCGCUCAACCUACUACCCUUGCACCCUCAGGCCAUAAUAUUGGAGCUCCAAAUCAACAGUACAAAUGGAUGCAAAUCUUCGAGAAUAAAGGUGCCGCAAUGGGUUGUUCGAAUCCCCAUCCUCAUGGACAAAUAUGGACUACAACCGGAUUACCCGAAGAGCCCGCUUCUGAACUCGUUAAUCUCCUCAAAUAUCGCCAGGAAAAUUCUGGUCGACAUUUAUUGGAAGAUUAUGUCAAGCUUGAGAUGGAAAAGGAAGAAAGAAUCGUAUUCCAGAACGAGACCUUCUUGGUAGUUUGUCCAUGGUGGGCAACCUGGCCAUUUGAGGUUAUGAUCAUUAGCAAGACACAUAAAAGAGGUCUGGUUGAUUUGAACGAUGCAGAAAAAUUGGGAUUUGCGGAGGCUGUUGCGGAAGUCACGAGAAGAUAUGAUAAUUUGUUCGAGACUAGCUUUCCUUACAGCUCUGGCAUUCACCAGGCUCCCUUGGAAGGUACUGAGGAGGAGAUCAAUGCUUCUUAUUUGCAUAUGCAUUUCUAUCCUCCUCUUCUUAGAAGCGCAACCGUGAGAAAGUUCUUGGUCGGAUAUGAAUUAAUGGCCGAACCACAAAGAGAUAUCACCCCAGAGCAAGCGGCUGCUAAGCUUAGAGCAUGCGGCGGAGAAUUAUAUAGGAAGAAGUUGUAG